CUCAGCUCUGCGACAAGGACGAGUGUAUCUUUCUCACAAGGUGCUAUCUUUGCGCAACUCGACACCUUCGGUUCCGUGGUAAUGUACUACAAACUGGUUGCGUACAUAUACUGGAGCAGUAUCCUUUAUGUCAACCCAGCAAAAGAUUUGCCUUCAGUCGAACCGUUACCCUUGGGUUUGGGGCAAUUUGAAACUCCACGCGGACAGAUUGUCCCACCCUUUGACAUGGACUUCAGCAGUACAGAACAAGUCUAUCACAUUUGGCCGGGAAACCUCCACGAAAGCAUAGCACUGUCAUGCUGGCUCAUCAAGAGACACGGAGAUACUCAUUCCGAGCACUACAGAAGACAAUGGUAUGUCGGAGAAGGAUCGUUCCACCAACUU